GACAAUUAGGCCCCCAUUUACGUAUAAAGUACUGUACAGGCGGUGUGUAAGUAUGUGUCAAGCUGGGUUUCUUAAGAGAUACUUAUGUGAGUAAACAUCAGUCAAUAAUCCCAGUUUUAUUCAUGAGGAUCACCAUUUGUCAUCACCCGGUAGCAAUAAAGCAUAUCUGCAUGGCCUGGAAUAUUACUGUGGAGGUUUUCAGAUCAUGACGCAGCUGUUAUACCUUUCCCACUCACUAGAUGUCAUUGUUCCAUUAGCUGUUUUGUUUAAACCUGCAAUGCUGAUCAUCACUUCCCCUCCCCCCUGUCUGUCUGCGCGGGUCUGCACAGGUUUGCACCAUCAUGUGUGCUGAGGCUGAAACAUGCAUGUGUGAAUGAGGCUGUCUCCUGCUACAAGUCCUCGCCGUCUUCACCACUGCCAUCCGCUGCUUUGCAUCCCUCUGUGGACGACUCUUCAUCGUUCCUGGGGCUGCCUCAGCAUCCAUCCACCCUCUGUUUUAGCAGCAUCUUCUCCACCCUCGAAAGCAUUCAUUUUUCAAAAGCAUCCAGGGUCUGCCAAGCUUGAGCACACAGCAUUUUAUUUAAAUUCUUCUUCCCCUGUCUCAGAAUCUGCAAGCCAAAAUCGAAAUCAGCCAAGCUGCCACAUCCUCGGUGACUCUUCCCCGCUGCAUCCCCCCUCUUCCCUUCUGCUUGCCUGAGCUCGUCAUCAUAGAGUCUCGACUUCCCAUCAUCUUUGCCAUAAUAUUCUCUCCAAAGCUGCCAAGCUGUCUCUUCUUCCUAGGAAAGUGUUUUUUGGCUGGACAGCUGGUUUACCACUGUCCCUCUGGAAGAUGCUCCUGUGGAUGAAGACAGAGGAAAUGGCUCUUGGGGAGCUGUUGGAGAGACUAAGGAGUGUCGCCCAAACCAUAGAUGAGAUCAUGCAGCUGGAGACCAAUCCCCCCCGUGCUGCUGACAUCUCACUGGAUCUCAGAAAGCAGUUUGCCUUCCUUUCAGGAGGUAGAGGAGAUAAUGGCAGUCCCAUCAUUGUGUUUCCAGAGUUUCCUGCAUUUGGGGAGAUCACGGACAGAGAGUUUCACAACGUCCUGACCUAUCUCACAAGUGUGCCCAGCUUGUCAUCAACAGACGUAGGUUUUAUCCUGGUCAUUGAUCGCAGGCAGGACCGAUGGGCGGCUGUCAAAGGGACACUACUUCGUAUCGCAGGCUCCUUUCCCGGGAACCUCCGGCUGGUCCUGGUUCUAAGGCCCACCACCCUGCUGCAGAGAACUCUCUCAGACAUCCUUUUUAAAUUCAACAAGGAUGAGUUCAAGAUGAAGGUGCCGGUGAUCAUGCUGAGCUCAGUGAGUGAGCUGCACUCCUAUAUCGACCGCACCCAGCUGACACGGGAACUGGGAGGGAUGCAGGAAUACUGCCAUGAGAAGUGGAUCUCACAUCGAACUGCCAUUGAGGGAUUUGCCUUGGUGGUUAAGAGAACGGCGCAGACGCUGCAGUCAUUUGGGACAGAACUGGCAGAAACUGAACUCCCAAAUGAAAUUAAGACGACAACCAUCCUGCUUAGCACACACACCAGCAAGAGGGACAAAAUGAAGGAUGACAUACUGGUUGCUCUGAAUCAAGGCAGCAGGCUGCUGGAGAACAUCAAUGAACCUGUAAUACGGGACCCUGACCACAACAUGAACCAGGAUGAACUGGAAAAUCUAGCCACAGUACAAAGACUGCUGUCUCAGCUGGACGAGACAGAGAGGGCUUUUGAUGAGUUCUGGGUGAGGCAUCAGACCAAACUGGAGCAGUGUUUGCAGCUGCGACACUUUGAGCACAACUACAGAGAGGUGAGAGCUCUGCUCGAUAACCUGUCUGAGAAGCUUGCAACCUUCUCCGAGGUUGGGAUCAGCCCUGCCCAUGCUGACCACAUCUUCUGUGAGCUCACCUCCUUUGAAGAAACAGUCUGUGAGGUUCUGGACAGAGCCUCAGUGCUGUCUCGUGAGGGCGAUGAGCUUAACCAGAACUCCCACUAUGCAGAGGACUCCAUUCAGCCCAAAUGCAGCGAGCUCAGAGCAGUCAGCGAGAGUGUGAGCUGCAAUCUCAGGGCCAAGAAGGACUACCUGCUGAAAGCCAUGGAGCUGCACCAUCGGUUGGAGAGGACAUCUAAAUGGGUCGAUGAUGGCAUUUAUCUACUGGCGUCUCAGCCAGUAGACAAGUGUCAGUCCCACGAGGGGGCUGAGCUGGCCUUGCAGGAGUUGGAGCAUUACCUGGACAACGCAGGCCAGAACCAACUGACUGACCUCAGCGUCAUCUGGAAGGAGUAUGAGGAGGUGCUGAACCAGCAGUUCAGGGAGCAAGUAGAGAAAGUUUACCAAAAGCAGGCGUCCAUGCAGGAGAUGUUUGACAAGCGGAGGAUCAGCCUCAAGAAGCUAGCAGCCAAACAAACCAGACCAGUGCAGCCAGUAGCCCCGAGACCAGAAGCCUUCAUCAAAUCACCGCUCAGCUCGCCUGCACACAAAGAACAGCUGGAAAAAAAUUCAGAGUCCAACAUCAGCUGUGAAAAAAGAAACGGCCAACUGCAGAACGAAGACAGCAGCAGCAGACAAGCGUCUCAGUCAGAGGAGGAGGAGAACCUGGCAGUGCUCAGGCGACAUGUAAUGAAUGAGCUGCUGGAAACUGAGAGGGCCUAUGUGGAGGAGCUACUCUGUGUGUUGCAGGGAUAUGCAUCUGAGAUGGACAAUCCAUCCAUGUCUCAACUCAUCCCUGCGGCUUUGCAGAACAAAAAGGAGGUUCUGUUUGGUAACAUGCCCGAAAUUUACCACUUUCAUAAAAGAACCUUUCUGAGGGAGUUAGAGCAAUACACAGACUGCCCAGAGUUAGUUGGAAGAUGCUUUCUGGAGAGGAUGACCGACCUGCAGAUCUACGAGAAGUACUGUCACAAUAAACCUCGGUCUGAGAGCCUUUGGAGGCAGUGCUCAGACUGCGCCUUCUUUCAGGAAUGUCAGAAGAAGCUGGAACAUAAGCUUGGUUUAGAUUCAUAUCUGCUGAAGCCAGUUCAGAGAAUAACCAAAUAUCAGCUGCUCCUGAAAGAAAUGCUGAAGUACAGUAAGAGCUGCGAUGGGGCAAAUGACCUGCAGGAGGCGCUAACCUCUAUCUUGGGGAUCCUCAAGGCUGUCAACGACUCCAUGCACCUCAUCGCCAUCACAGGAUAUGAGGGUAACCUGAGUGAACUGGGUAAGCUCCUCAUGCAGGGGUCAUUCAGCGUGUGGACGGAGCACAAAAAAGGCCACGCCAAAGUCAAGGACCUGGCUCGCUUCAAGCCCAUGCAGAGACACCUGUUUCUCCAUGAGAAGGCUCUCCUCUUCUGCAAGAGAAGAGAGGAGAACGGGGAGGGCUACGAGAAAGCUCCUUCAUACAGCUUCAAACAGUCACUUAGUAUGAAUGCAGUGGGGUUUACUGAGAAUGCAAAGGGAGACAACAAGAAGUUUGAAAUCUGGUCAAGCUCCAGAGAAGAGGUUUAUAUUGUUCAGGCUCCAACUGCUGAGGUAAAAACCAGAUGGGUGAAUGAGAUCAGGAAGGUUCUGACAACCCAGCUGGAGGCCUGCAGAGAAGCCAGCCAGCAGAGGGCACCAGACCAAGUGUUUCAGUUUCCUCCAGCGCCAACUGGAACAGCAAGUCUCAGUCCAUUUAAGACCAGUCAGAAGGCUAAAAAGGGAGAGGAGAAGAAGGCUGAGCCUUAUAGCCCUGACAUCAUCUCGUCUUGUUCCCCAAAAAUUACAGGGAAAGACGAGGCGGUGACGAGUCCGACCUCAGACAGAGCUGCUGUGGCUAAAAAGCGUUUUACUUUACAGGGCUUCAGUAACCUCAAAACUCAGAAAGAGCCCUCAACCACUGGUGACAAAUGUUAUACAUUCCCCAUGAUAAUCUGCCCAUCUUCAGGAUCUCCCACCAGCCCAGAUCACAGCACCAAGCGGCAGAGCGAUCCCACGCCAUUUGGCUUUAAAGGAUGGAAUAAGACCUCCCUGUCAUUGGACGAACAUGACGGCUACUCCAGCGCUGAGGAUCCUCUUAACUCUGAUCCAGAAGAUGAAAACAUCAAGAAGCUGUGUGCUGGGAAAUACACUGUAAUGGCUGACUGUGAGAUUGGAGCUGCAGAAGAGCUUUUAGUGAAGAGUGGAGACAUGGUGCAGCUGGUGAAGGAGGGGGGCGACGGACAGUGGUUUGUUCGCAACCUGAACACGUCUAAGGAAGGCUGGAUGGCUGCUGCUAAUCUUAUCACCCUCAUUGAGAAGUCCAAGUCCUGUCAGUCUCUCAGUAGUUCAGAAGGCAGUGGCUCCGGGAACCUCAGCACAUCGUCCAGCUGCAGCGAGACCUACACAAACCUAUCAGACACCAAACCCUGAACUCCUCUGGACUUCUCCUGUAAAGGAACUGGCCUUCUGAACGCAAGCAUCACAUGGCUGCAUGUGUGCUGUAAUGCCAACAUCAGUACUCCUGCAUUUUGCACAAAAAGUUCUAUGUUUGUCAUUGUUUCUAUCACAUCCAUACACCAUGUGGUUUCAUAAUGUUGUACCGCCAUCUUGUAAAGGUGUAAACAUCACAAGAAUAACUCCGCAGUGUAGUAAAGUGAUCUGGUAUUUUUCUGAUCAGUUUUAGAUGUAUGAGUGGACCAGCAGGACUGAGAUCUGUUAAUGCAUCUGUUUAUGUUCACAUCUCAAGCAGGGAAAAGUUAGUGAUUUUUUUCUGGAAAAGACGGUGUCUUUAUGUUCAUCAGCACUAAUGGAUCUUUCUGGGGUUUUUUUAAUAAAAAAAGGGGAAAAACUUGUACAUGCAGCUUACUUGCUGUGUAUGUUUCUCUUUUGUCAGCUCAGCAUUUAUUUAAAUGUAAGCCACACCCAUUAGUAUUUAUGCAGAUUUAUUUCCUCCUCAUCCUUUUCACUCGUCUGCUGUUUGUCUGUUGCCAGCUUGUCUGUAGAAACCGCUUUAGCUGUCCAAACUUUGUCUGUAAAUUUUCUUCUCUUUGUCAGUUUUCAUUAAUAUAACAAUUUUUUCUCUGUGUGAACACCCAAAGAUCAUUGUAUAGUGCUAACUUAUUUCCAUGUUCUGAAUGUAGAUAUUAUGUAAUAAUAAUAACUGUCUGUCAUGACAUAUUUGUUAAUGAAAAUGCUAUAUUGUACACCGAGUAUGGUGAUGUCACUACCUGGUGACCCGUCUAAUUUUUUUACAUAAACAAAUCGUAAUGAA